AUGGCCAUCUAUUACAGUUUACUCUCCUGCGCGAUUAACGUAUGCUCCAUGCCGUGUUCCUGCGGAGCUAUAAUAUUUCCUUUCCCAUUGUUCACAUUUGCUUGCCAGAGCGUUGAUCCGGGAACUUGGAGCGCUGACGCCAAUGCUACAAGGGAGCGGCGGAAAGUGCACGUCCGGCGUGGCGCCGGGGCUGCAUCUGGGGAGCCGGCGGCGACCGCCAACCCGUUUGCUGGAAUAGCGCUAUCAUUUGCACAACCUCCUGGCGCAGCGGCCAGUGCCGCCGCUCCUCCCGCAGCGGCCGGCGGCGACGAUAAACCUGCUGCUGAGGCGACGGCUACGGUGGCAAAGGCGGAGAAUGGCGAGGCAGAUGAAGCGAACAAGACGGAGGAGGUCGAGGCUGAGGAGCAGAAGCCACAGCAGGGGGAAGCGGCGGCGGCUGCAGCGGCAAAAGAGGACAAGGCCGACACGGCGAACGCUUCCAAAGCCGAGGAGGACAAGGCAGGUGCCGCUGCUACAUCCCCCUCCCCAGCCAGUUCUGGCGCCGCUCCGGCUGCUGCUACGGCCGCGACUCCCGCCGCGAGCAUAUUCGGCGGCAGCGCCGGCACCACACCGGGCUUUGCAUCUCUUGCCGCCGGUGGGGCCUCCGGGGGCAGUUUCAACUUUGGUUUCGGCGGCGGCGGCGGCGCAGCCGCCGCCGCACCGGGAAACGCAACCAGUGGCAUUUUUGGCAGCAAUACCACUGCCGGCAGCAUCUUUGGCGGAGCAGGCCUGGGCGGAAAUGGCCUCUUUGGAUCGAAUCCUGGCGCGGGCAGUUUUGGAGGCGGGUUUAGUUUUCCCAAGCUGGACGCUGCAGGCGGCGGAGCGCUGGGCAAGCCGUUGUUUGGUGUGGCGGGUGCCUCCGCCGGCGGCGGCGCUGAAGAGGGCGGUGAGGGUGAGGAGCGUCCGGAGGCGUUCGAGCCCUCGGAGGACCCGUCCAUCAAGCCGGUGGUGCAGCUGGCGGUGGUACAGAAGGUCACGGGCGAAGAGAACGAACAGACUAUCUACGCAGAGUCGGGCAAGCUGUUUGAGUACGACGCCGCAGCUUCCAAGUGGCGGCAGCGGGGCAGCGGGGAGCUGCGUGUCAACGUGUCGGCGGACGGCACGACGAGUCGCGUCGUGAUGCGUCAGUCGGGCAACCUUCGUUUGCUUCUCAACGCUCGAGUCACCGUGAGCAUGCCAGUCCAGAGGAUGCAAGGUGCGAACGGCGUCACGUUUGGCUGCGUCAACACUGCCGCCCCUCCAGAACCCAACAACCAGCAGCAGCAGGCGGCAGCUGCGGAUGCCAAGUCCGACGACAAGGACGCUGCGGCCGGCAGCAGCAAGGUGGCAGCUGCGGCUGGGUCGAGUCUCGUCAAGACUUGGGCAUUCAGCACUAAGGGCGAGGACAAGAUGCUGGGACUUAUGGCGGCGCUGGAGAAGGCCAAGUUGGAUCACAGCAAGCAUCAGGCAGCAGCCUCUCGCACGCGUGUGGAGGCAAUCGCAGCCUUGGGGUCACCGGACGAAGCAUCUCGGCAGAAGUAUGAGAGGAUUGUCAACGACAUCGAUAGGAAUUACACAGCAGCGAUCACAGCUCUGGACCUCAGCCAUCCAGGCUGGGAGGUCCUCCUCUUGGCCCGUUGGAAGCGACGGUCGCAAGUAAUGCAGGAGAUUGGUCGGUUGCAGGAGGAGCUACUUCGCGAGCAGACCACAGCCAUCUUGGCAACUGCUCGUAACGUUACUGCGAUCGAGGCGGCUCCGGCGCAUCACCAAGACGCGGCUUUGGGCGGUGCCGUAGGUGUUCCCUACAAGAUGACCACGCGUGACAUGAAGUUGCUGCCAUGUGAGGCGGUGACCAUCACACCUGGCCAGGGAGACAACUCACAUCACGAACUAAAGAGGCGCCGGUCGCUAAGGUUGCAGGAGCAGCGGCGGGUGAAACAGCGGUCUGUCCUACCUGGCCCAGACAAGGUCGGCAGCCAAGGCCUGGGCAAUGGGAACCACACUAACCUCGUAUCCAUUAAAGGUAGCAGUAGCACAAGCAGCAGUGGCGGUGGCAACACCAGCAAUAGCGAUGAUGCCGGCAGCAGUGGUGUGCACAUUACCAACGUCAUCAAUGUCCCGCUGGAAGGGAAGGUGCCGGGUGGACUUGAGCAGCUGACCCGCAAGCGCGGCAGCAAGGUGCUGCUGCCCCUAGAACUGUGUGGCUUUGGAGACGUGGGCCUCACCGGCCGGUGUGUUGGAUAUGGGUGCUAUGGCAGCGUGCUGGAGGGCACCAUAGGUGGCGUGGCGGCAGUGAUCAAGCUGUUUGAGCAGAAGCGACGGGGAGCCGUGGAAGCCUUCACACGCGAGCUUGCUGUGUACUUGUGCCUUGGCAGCAGCAUCAGUAGCAACAGUAGCAGCAACCUGCAGGGUGCCCCGCUGGUGCCACGGCUGCUGCGGUACGGCAUGUUUGCACACACAGGCGCCCUGUUCCUGGCACUGACUGACGAGGGUGACGACCUGGAGGCCGGAGCCAGCCGCAGCACAACCGUCGCUGGUGAUGCAGCUGCCAGUGGCAGCAGUGGCCGCAGUUUGCGUGAUGCUGGGAUUUCACCAAAGCUGCGCACUGCAAUGCUGCGAGCACUGAGGGUGCUCCACCGGGCAGGUGUACUGCACGGGGACAUCCGCCUGUCCAACUUUGUGAUGGGGCGGGAUGGGGUUGUCAAGCUGGUUGACCUGGGGAAUGCCAGGGUGGUGGGUGGCUUGGAGGCAGGCAGCAGCAGCUACCAGGCGGCGAUGGAGGCCGAGGUGCAAGCCGUGCAUGCUCUUUAG